ACGGUGUCAUUACAUAGUCUCAUCUGUAAAUGGACACAAUGCUAAAUUAGUUUCAUAGAAGGUGUGAACGACCAAUAUUUCAUCUCCACCCAAACAACCCUUUCUGGUAUAGUGAGAGGGACUACGCCUUGAACAGAUGGGAGUUUCCGAACUCAGAACAUAUGAGUCAUAUGGGAGAACAUGUGCACAUAGUUUUCCUUUAUUUUAACAACUUCUUUUGAUAUUCUCCUAUCAACCUGGAUUAAGGGAGUGGUUCGUUAUGUAACCCUGCCUCCUGUGAAGGAAAAAGCAAUGAUGCUAAAGCUCGGUGAGGUAUGUUCCCGGCUCUGAGCUGGAGGUUAAACCAGUUUGUCUACUCUUGAGGUGUAUUUCUUGCUGCAAGCGAGAAGUCCACAAACAGUAAGAAGAGUACAGAGGUAAACACGGUCUCAUCCUUUAUCGUGUGAAAACAUGGCACAUUGUCAGCACUAAUAUUUACUGAGGAUUUAAAUGCUUAAUACAGUCUCAUGGGAUACAAGGUAAGGUUUGAGUUGUGGGCCCAAGUCAUCUCUAUAAAUAUAUACUAGCGAAAUGGCUGGCCUUCGAAGAUCCCUCUCUGACAGCUUGCUGCUUGAAGAUGAUGAUUUCUCUGGAAAGAGGUCUGAGUUCACAGACCAUGACUUUUUUGAAGAAGAUGACGGUAGGGGUGCCAGCAUUCCCGUCACACAACAGAAAAGAGGUGAAGCUCGAGACAUCUUGAGAAUGAUUGAUAAUGAUAACAUGGUAAACAACCAGGGUAUGAAAUCCAGCAAAAGCAUGGGGAGUCUAGAUCAGAUCAUCAAAGCCCCAACUGAGAUCUGGAAGGAUUCCUAUGACAAGCUCUAUAAUUCUAAAGUCAAGAGAUUCAUGAAAGGAAACCAAACAAACAGACAUGACACUCACAGUAUGACAAACCAGAGAGAAAUGCUUGACAUUGACAACAAUGAAUCCCGUUUAAUGCAUUUCCGAACAGCUAACUCGAAAAGAAAGGUAAAUGUUGCAACAUUCCUUCAAAAUGCGGAUCGCAUGAGGGUCUCAGAUGUCAAUUAUGAUGGAAGCAUAAAGGGAUCACAAAUGUCAUCCUCUCAAGUGAGUGCAGGACUUAAUGGAGCGGAUAUAGACAUACAUGGACCAAAUGUUGAUUUCAAAGGCAGAUCAAAGACAGAUCUUUCUCUUCCGGACAUGGACAUGCCUUCUGGAAAAAAGAAAAUGCCAACUUUCGAGAUGCCUGAUUUUGGUCUCGGAAGACCCAAAAUAAAGACACCAGACUAUGAACUGAAAACCCCUGAAAUGGAUCUGUCGGGUCCAAAGUUUAAAGCAGACUUUGAUUCCCCAAACUUUAACAUCAAAGGUCAUAAGCCAGAUAUCACAGUCCCAAACAUGAAUCUUGAUACUGGUAAAAUUAAAGGACCAACUUUGAAGAAACCCAAUCUUAAUGUCAAUGCACCUGAUCUCGACAUGAAUGCUCCUUCAGGUAAACUGAAGUUUCCAAAAUUUGGCUUCUCGACUGGCAAGGCAAAAGCACCCAAUCUUAAAAUCAAUUCUCCAGACUUGAAUCUCAAAAGUCCCAAAAUAAAGGGAGGAAUUGACACCCCAGACAUGGAUCUGUCUCCCCCGCAAGCUGAUUUUAAAAGUCCAAACUUAGACAUUAAAUCACCUGAUAUUGAUGUUGAUGCACCCUCUGGUAAAUUCAGUAUGCCAAAGUUAAAGAUGCCAAGUUUUGGACUGUCGGGUUUGAAGGGGCCACAAAUGAAUGUGGAUGCUGACUUUGAUAAACCAGACCUUAAUCUGAAUAUGUCAACUCCAAAACUAAAUGCUGGAAUAAACAGUCCUGAUAUUGACAUUCAUGGACCAAAUGUUGAUCUCAAAGGUCCAAAAACAAACCUUACCCUUCCAGACAUGGACGUGCCUUCUGGAAAAAUGAAAAUGCCAAGUUUCAAAAUGCCUGAUUUUGGUAUGUCCAGACCCAAAAUAAAGACACCAGACUAUGAACUGAAAACCCCUGAAAUGGAUCUGUCAGCUCCAAAGAUAAAAGCCGACAUCAAUUCACCAGACUUUAACAUCAAAGGUCACAAGCCAGAUUUCACAGUCCCAGACAUGAAUCUUGAUGUUCCUAAGGGUAAAAUUAAAGGACCUACUUUGAAGAAACCCAAUCUUGAUGUGAAUGCACCCGAUUUUGACAUGAAUGGCCCUUCAGGUAAACUUAAGUUUCCAAAAUUUGGCUUCACUAGUAGCAAGCUAAAAGGACCCAAUCUCCAAAUGAAUUCCCCAGAUUUGAAACUCAAAAGCCCUAAAAUAAAGGGAGGACUUGACACCCCAGAUAUGGAUUUGUCACUCCCUCAAGGUGAUUUGAAAAGCCCAAAUCUAGACAUCAACUCACCUGAUAUAGAUGUUAACGGCCCCUCAGGUAAACGGAAUAUGCCAAAGUUAAAAAUGCCAAGCUUUGGCCUGAAGGGACCACGCAUGAAUUUUGAUGCGGACAUUGAUAAACCAGAUCUUACUCUGAACACAUCAACUCCAAAACUAAAUGCUGGGAUAAAUGCUCCUGACAUUGACAUUGAUGGACCAGAUGUUGAUUUCAAAGGUCCAGACGUGGACAUGCCUUCUGGAAAAAUGAAAAUGCCUAAUUUAAAGAUGCCUGAUUUUGGUCUCUCAAAACCCAAAAUAAAGACACCGGACUAUGAACUGAAAACUCCUGAAAUGGAUCUGUCAGGGCCAAAGAUUAAAGCAGACUUUGAUUCCCCAGACUUCAGCAUCAAAGGUCAUGGACAGGACAUCACAACUCCAGAUAUGAAUCUUGAUAUUUCUAAAGGUAAAAUUAAAGGACCUACUUUGAAGAAACCCAAUCUUGAUGUCAAUGCACCUGAUCUCGACAUAAAUGCCCCUUCAGGUAAACUUAAGUUUCCAAAUUUUGGCUUCUCAACUGGCAAGCCAAAAGCACCCAAUCUUAAUAUCAGCUCUCCAGACCUGAAUCUCAAAAGUCCCAAAAUAAAAGGAGGAAUUGACACCCCAGACAUGGAUCUGUCACUACCUCAAGGUGAUUUUAAAAGUCCAAAUUUAGACAUUGAAUCACCUGAUAUUGAUGCGCCCUCUGGUAAAUUCAGUAUGCCAAAGUUAAAGAUGCCAAGUUUUGGACUGUCAGGUUUGAAGGGUCCACAAAUGAAUAUGGAUUCUGACUUCGAUAAACCAGAUUUUAAUCUGAACGCAAAUACUCCUAAACUAAAUGCUGGAAUAAAUAGUCCUGAUAUUGACAUUGAUGGACCAAAUGUUGAUGUCAAAAGUCCAAAAACAAACCUUACACUUCCAGACAUGGACAUGCCUUCUGGAAAAAUGAAAAUGCCAACUCUAAAGAUGCCUAGUUUCAAUCUUUCCAAACCCAAAGUAAAGACACCAGACUAUGAACUGAAAACCCCUGAAAUGGAUUUGUCAGCUCCAAAGAUUAAUGCUGACUUUGAAUCCCCAGACUUCAAUAUCAGAGGUCAUAAGCCAGAUAUCACAGUCCCAAACAUGAAUCUUGAUACUGGUAAAAUUAAAGGACCAACUUUGAAGAAACCCAAUCUUAAUGUCAAUGCACCUGAUCUCGACAUGAAUGCUCCUUCAGGUAAACUGAAGUUUCCAAAAUUUGGCUUCUCGACUGGCAAGGCAAAAGCACCCAAUCUUAAUAUCAAUUCUCCAGACCUGAAUCUCAAAAGUCCCAAAAUAAAAGGAGGAAUUGACACACCAGACAUGGAUCUGUCACUACCUCAAGCUGAUUUUAAAAGUCCAAACUUAGACAUUAAAUCACCUGAUAUUGAUGUUGAUGCACCCUCUGGUAAAUUCAGAAUGCCAAAGUUAAAGAUGCCAAGCUUUGGUCUGUCAGGUAUGAAGGGGCCACAAAUGAAUGUGGAUGCUGACUUUGAUAAACCAGACCUUAAUCUGAAUAUGUCAACUCCCAAACUAAAGGCUGGAAUAAACAGUCCUGAUAUUGACAUUCAUGGGCCAAAUGUUGAUUUCAAAGGCCCAAAGACAGAUCUUUCACUUCCAGACAUGGACCUGCCUUCUGGGAAAAUGAAAAUGCCAACACUAAAGAUGCCUGAUUUCAAUAUUUCCAAACCCAUAAUAAAGACACCGGACUAUGAACUGAAAACCCCUGAAAUGGAUCUGUCAGUUCCAAGGACUAAUGCUGACUUUGAUUCCCCAGACUUUAACAUCAAAGGACAUAAACCAGAUUUCACAGUACCAGACAUGAAUCUUGACGCAGGCAAAAUUAAAGGGCCAACGUUAAAGAAACCUAAUCUUGAUGUGAAUGCACCUAAUCUUGACAUGAAUGCCCCUUCAGGUAAACUGAAGUUUCCAAAGUUUGGCUUCUCGACUGGAAAGGCAAAAGCACCCAAUCUUAAUAUCAAUUCUCCAGACCUGAAUCUCAAAAGUCCCAAAAUAAAAGGAGGAAUUAACAGCCCAGAUUUGGAUCUGUCUCUCCCUCAAGCUGAUUUGAAAAGUCCAAACUUAGACAUUAAAUCACCUGAUAUUGAUGUUGAUGCACCCUCUGGUAAAUUCAGUAUGCCAAAGUUAAAGAUGCCAAGUUUUGGUCUGCCAGGUGUGAAGGGGCCCCAAAUGAAUAUGGAUGCUGACUUUGAUAAUCCAGAUCUUAAUCUGAACACAGCAACUCCCAAACUAAAGGCUGGAAUAAAUAGACCUGACAUUGGCAUUAAUGGACCAGAAGUUGAUUUCAAAGGUCCAGACAUGGACAUGCCUUCUGGAAAAAUGAAAAUGCCCACGUUGAAGAUGCCUGAUUUUGGUCUCCAUGGACCAAAAAUAAAGACACCAGACUAUGAACUGAAGACCCCUGAAAUGGAUCUGUCGGGUCCAAAGAUUAAUGCAGAUCUUGAUGCCCCAGACAUGAACAUCACAGGGCAUAAACCAGAUUUCACAGCCCCAGACAUGAAUAUUGAUUUUCCUACAGGUCAAAUUAAAGGACCAACUUUAAACAAACCUAACCUUGACAUGAAUGCACCUAACUUAAACCUAAAUGCCCCUUCAGGUAAAAUGAAGUUUCCAAAAUUUGGCUUAUCCAGUGGCAGGCCAAAAAUGCCUGAUGUUACAUUUAGGUCUCGAAAGAUGAAUAUGAAAAGUCCCAAAAUAAGGGGAGGACUUGAUACCCCAGACAUGGAUUUGUCUCUCCCUCAUACGAAUUUAAAAGGCCCUAGCCUAGAUGUAAAAUCACCUGAUAUUGAUGUUAAUGCCCCCUCAGGUAAAUUCAAUAUGCCAAAGUUAAAGAUGCCAAAGUUUGGCUCAGGUCUGAAAGGACCUCAAAUGAAUGUGGAUGCUGGCAUUGAUAAACCAGAUCUUAAUCUAAACAUGUCAACUCCCAAACUAAAAGCUGGGAUAAAUAGUCCUGAUAUUGACAUUCAUGGACCUAAUGCAGAUUUCAAAACUCCGAAAACAGGACUUACACUUCCAGACAUGGACAUGCCUUCUGGAAAAAUGAAAAUGCCAACUCUUAAAAUGCCUAAUUUCAAUCUUUCCAAACCAAAAGUAAAGACACCAGACUAUAACCUGAAAACCCCUGAACUGGAUCUGUCGGCUCCAACGAUUAAUGCAGAUCUUGAUGCCCCAGACAUGAACAUCAAAGGGCAUAAGCCAAAUUUCACAGCACCAGACAUGAAUCUUAAUAUCCCUAAAGGUAAAAUUAAAGGACCAACUUUAAAAAAGCCCAAUUUUGAUGUGAAUUCUCCUGACCUAAACAUCAAUUCCCCUUCAGGUAAACUGAAGUUUCCAAAAUUCGGACUUUCAGGUAGCAAGCCAAAAGCACCCAAUCUUAAAAUCAAUUCCCCAGACUUGAAUCUCAAAAGUCCCAAAAUAAAGGGAGAAUUUGACACCCCAGACAUGGAUCUGUCUCUCCCGCAAGCUGAUUUUAAAAGUCCGAACUUUGAUAUUAAAUCACCUGAUAUUGAUGUUGAUGCACCCUCUGGUAAAUUCAGUAUGCCAAAGUUAAAGAUGCCAAGUUUUGGACUUUCGGGUUUGAAGGGGCAACAAAUGAAUGUAGAUGCUGACAUUGAUAAACCAGACCUUAAACUGAACAUGUCAACUCCAAAACUAAAUGCUGGAAUAAACAGUCCUGAUAUUGACAUUAAUGGGCCAAAUGUUGAUUUCAAAGGUCCAGACAUGGACAUGCCUUCUGGAAAAAUGAAAAUGCCCACUCUAAAGAUGCCUGAUUUUGGUCUUUCAAAACCCAAAAUAAAGACACCGGACUAUGAACUGAAAACCCCUGAAAUGGAUCUGUCAGCUCCAGAGUUUAAAGCAGACUUUGAUUCCCCAGACUUUAACAUCAGAGGACGUAAGCCAGAUAUCACAUUUCCAGACAUGAAUCUUGAUACAGGUCAAAUCAAAGGACCAACUUUAAAGAAACCCAAUCUUGAUGUGAAUGCACCCAACCUCGACAUAAAUGGCCCUUCAGGUAAACUGAAGCUGCCCAAAUUUGGCUUUUCAGGAAGCAAACCAAAAGGACCUGAUUUUACAAUCAAUUCUCCAGACCUGAAUCUCAAAAGUCCCAAAAUCAAAGGAGGACUUGACACCCCAGAUUUGUCUCUCCCUCGAGCUGACUGGAAAAGUCCAAACCUAGAUUUUGAGUCACCUGAUAUUGAUGUUGAUGCCCCCUCUGGGAAAUUCAGUAUGCCAAAGUUAAAGAUGCCAAGUUUUGCACUGUCAGGUAUGAAGGGCCCACACACGAAUGUGGAUGCUGACAUUGAUAAACCAGACCUUAACCUGAGCACAUCAGCUCCCAAGCUAAAUGCUGGAAUAAACAUACCUGAUAUUGACAUUCAUGGACCUAAUGCUGAUUUCAAAAGUCCAAAAGCAAAUCUUACUCUUCCAGACAUGGACAUGCCUUCUGGAAAAAUGAAAAUGCCAAGUUUCAAGAUGCCUGAUAUUGGUUUCUCAGGACCCAAAACAAAGCCACCAGACUAUAAAUUUAAAACCCCUGAAAUGGAUUUGUCAGCUCCAAAGAUUCAGGCUGACUUUGAUUCACCAGACUUUAACAUCAGAGGACAUGCGCCAGACUUUGACAUUGAUGCUCCUUCAGGAAAAUUUAAAAUGCCAAAAUUGAGCCUUUCUGGUAACAAGCAAGAAAGACCAGAUGUUGAAAUUGGUUCUCCAAAUCUGAAUUUCAAAAGUCCCAAAAUUAAAGGUGGAAUUGAUACCCCAGACAUGGAUUUGUCUCUCCCUGAAAAUGGCUGGAGAAGUUCAAACAUGAAUUAUGAGUCACCUGAUAUUGAUAUUAAUGGUCCCUCAGGUAGACUGAACAUGCCAAAGUUUAAAAUGCCAAGUGUUGGACUGUCAGGUUUGAAAGGGCCACAAACGAAUGCUAAUGCGGACAUUGAUUAUACAGACAUUCAUCUUAACACAUCAGCUCCUAAACUAAAUGCUGGCAUACGUGGCCGUGAUAUUGACAUUCAUGGACCUAAUGCCGAUUUCAGUGACCCAAAAACAAACCUUACACUUCCAGACAUGGACAUGCCAUCUGGAAAAAUGAAAAUGCCUACUUUCAAGAUGCCUGAUAUUGGUUUCUCGGGAUCCAAAAUAAAAACCCCAGAGUAUGAAUUGAGGUCCCCUAAAAUGGAAUUUCCAACACCAAAGGUUAAAGCAGGCUUUGAUUCCCCAGACUUCAACAUCAUAGGACAUAAGCCAGAUUUCACAGCACCAGAUAUGAAUUUUGAUAUUCCUAAAAGUCAAAUUAAGGGACCAAAUUUGAAGACACCUCAUCUUGAUAUGAAUGCACCAGACUUUGACAUUGACACUCCUUCAGGCAAUUUCGGACUUCCAAAAUUGGGCCUCUUAGGUAGCAAACCAGAAAGACCAGAUCUUACAAUGAAUUCUCCAAAUGUCAAUCUGAAAUCCCCCAAAUUGAAAGGAGGAAUUGAUCACCCUGAUUUUCAAUACAAAGGAUCGGAUGUUGACUUUGAUACAUUUAUACCAAUGCAAAGAAACAAUGUGGCUGCACCACAGGGUAAAUUUAUAACUGUGAGAACAUACGAUUAUCAUGCUCCCCCAGGAGACAUGGGAAUACCUACUAAUUACAAUUAUGGUGUCUCGGAUCUUAAUAUGCAACAACCCUAUAUUGAUGUAAGAAGAGACCAGAAAACUUCAAGAAACAGUCAGUGGCCUACAGUGCAAAAAUAUGUGCCACAUCAAGUGACCAGAAUGUCUGGAAUGGGUCCAACAUCAUCAGAUUUUUACAACAAUGACAUGCAUGGGCCACCCAGGUCAAGGGUGCGUAAAACAAAAUCCGGUGGCUUUGAGUAUGAUGGAAACUGGAACAAUGUAUCAGUGCCAAGACUUCAAGCUUCAAGAAGCAGAGAGGAUUUAGCUGGGACCCAUUCAAACAUGGGAAGGUCUACCAUGCAAAGAUCACCCUAUAUGGGACGCAAGGAAGUUUAUAAUGAGAGAUCUAUUAUGACACCUAGGCGUAAUUACACUACAGACGAUAUAUGCUACACUUUCAAAGGGAUGCCUAGGGUGCAUGAAUGGGGAAACAGGCAAAGUGACUAUAGACAAGCAUCAAGUGGCCAUAGACUCACAAUGAGAGGUCUAAGAUUAGAUUCAAUGGAUCUGGAGGUUCCACAAAGCACUGUAAAAAGAGGAAGGUUGAACCUUAUUAAACUAAUAUAAAAGCCAAAUGAAAGGGUGGUUGAUUUGAAUAGGGUUGUGUUUAUUUACAGAUCUGAUCAUUUUUAAUGGGCUGGUUCAUGUAGCAUGUUUGUAUAAAAACACUUAAAAAAGGAAACUGUAUUUUAUUCACCCUUUCCCUAUAACUCCUUAAGAGGUUUUUAAAAAUGUUAUACCAUUUGACUUAUAACGCAUAUAGCCUGUAAAUUCAAUACAUUUUAAGAACAAAGUAUUUUUAAAACAAUCAUUUUAUGUGUACAAUGCAACAUGCCUGACCUUGUUAUCUUAUAUGCCUUAUAUUGUAAAUCUUUACGUUCACAAAUAUAUUUUGUAAAUUAUUUUAAAUGGUACUGUGUUGACAGUGUUUGUGAGUUAUACAUGUUGUAAAUAGCAUGGAAAUUGAUUUUAAUUAGUUUUUUGAAAAAUGACUUGUGCCAUGUACAGUAUAUGUUAUAUUAUUCACUGCUGCAUUAGGGUACAACAGGGAUUAAACAAUAAAAACUCUUUUUAUUUUAACAAGCAACCGCACCAUUGCACUUUUUAAAAAGUUAUCAUGUUUGAUGAUGAUGAUCACAUGCAGUGAUAAGGUUUUUAAGGUAAUUACUCAAAUAACAUAUGUUCUUUUCUCAGGGUGAAUUAAUAUGUUUUAAUUAACAUGUGAAAUAAAUUCGUUUCAAAUGAUG